AUGCAUCUGAGUGAGAACGAGGGAAUCGAGGGUAACACCUUCGUGGUGACGGGGGGGCUGGGGUUCGUCGGCGCCGCCCUCUGUCUGGAGCUGCUGCGGCGGGGAGCCGCGCAGGUACGGUCGCUCGACCUCCGCCGUGAAUCUCCAUGGUCCGCCGAUCUUCGCUGUUCCGGCGUCCAGUGCGUCCAAGGUCGGUUGCGAUCCAUCUCUCAUCGUUUUCCUCUCGCUCUUUCUCUUCUUCUUUUCUUGGAUAAUCGGGGCUAUAAUUCGCGUCUUUUUCUCUUUCACUGUUUUCCCUAGAGGAAUUGAUGUAGAUCUGGGGGAAUUCCCCAACCUCGCUCAUUUCCCUCAAAAGUUUUGACAAGGAGAAAAAUCAUUCAUCUCUCGACUCUGUUAAUUGUUUGGUACUACUGUGUGACGGGAAAUUCGGACUAGCAGUUUUUUUUUUCAGAACGGAUUACCAAGGGAUGUAAUCGAGGAAAUGGAAGUCUGCAGUCCCGGAUUAAACCCCACUGGAAUGGAAUUCUCACUGUGUCAUCUACUUCCCUACCAUGCUGCAGGUGAUGUGACCCUCAGAAAGGAUGUGGAUCGGGUUCUCAAUGGUGUUGACUGCGUGUUCCACCUCGCAUCAUACGGAAUGUCGGGGAAGGAGAUGCUCCAACCUGGGCGUACGGAUGAGGUAAACAUCAAUGGAACUUGCAACAUUCUGGAGGGAUGCAAUGAAUUCGGAGUGAAGAGGCUCGUCUAUGUCAGCACGUACAACGUGGUAUUCGGCGGGCAGGAGAUCGUGAACGGGAACGAAACCCUCCCAUACUUUCCGAUUGACGACCACGUUGAUCCGUAUGGCCGGAGUAAAUCGGUUGCAGAACAGCUCGUGCUGAGGAGUAAUGGCCGCCCUUCCAAGUAUGCCUGCUCUGCUUGCAUUUUUAUCAAGAAACUUGCAGAAUUGAAACCCUGUGGAACCUCGGUUAAGCUGAAAUUUAUGCAGAAUCGCUUUUGAUGGUCCAGGAAGAAGAAUGGCGCCUGUCUCUACACUUGCGCUGUUCGUCCUGCUGCUAUCUAUGGACCAGGGGAGGAAAGACACCUCCCCAGGAUUCUUGGCCUCGCGAAGAAGGGCCUGCUGUUCUUCAAAGUUGGGCAACCCAGUGUGAAGGCAGACUGGAUCUACGUGGACAACCUCGUCCUCGCCCUGAUAUUGGCGAGCAUGGGGCUUUUAGAUGGUAUCCCCAGCAGAAAAGGUCAACCAGUGGCCGCCGGCCAACCAUAUUUUGUUUCUGAUGGUAACGUCCAUUCCUCCAAGAGAAUCUCCUUCAAGUUUAUUUCUUUUUUGGCUGAGAGGACUGAACUAAUCAUCCAACCAUCGGUCCACAUCGAACCCUCCUUUUUCUUGAGCAAUCCAAGUAGCAACAGAGCUAGCAAGAGGGUUUGUUCUUCAGAAAAUGCUGUUUUUCUCCAAGAAAUUUAUGCAUUUUGUUGCAGGUUGUCCCAUCGAUACCUUUGAAUUCCUCAGCCCGCUGCUUCGGAGCCUGGACUAUGACUUGCCCAAGAACACUCUGCCUCUCAAACAGGCACUGUUGCUCGCCCGUACAAUCUCUGUCAUUUAUACUGUGUUGCGUCCAUGGUUGCAUUGUUGGUGGCUUCCGCAACCUUUCUUGCUUCCUGCAGAAGUACACAAGGUGAGUUGUUCGUCUUCUCUCCUCAAGAACCACAGAGGGAAUCCUCUGGCAUUCGCCCACGGGUUCCAUUGGGUGCCCUUCCCGAUAGAUCCACCAUAAUUUUGCUCGUAUUUAGCCAGGUCGACUGAUUUUUAGAGAAUGAUCCAAUUGGCCGGGUGUUAGUUCACUGGCGAUCGCGAAUAAAUAUCAGCGGAAGAAGAGCCGCUGUGGUGUGAGCCAGUUCGCCUCAUAUCUUCAACCCCACGAGCUUCCAUCUGUGACCGAAUUUAAAUAUCUUGGGCAGGUUGGAGUUACCCAUUAUUUCUCCUACCUGAAAGCGAAGGAGGAGCUGGGGUACAUUCCCAUAGUAUCCCCUCGAGAUGGAAUGGCGGCCACCAUCUCGUACUGGAAGGAGAAGAAGAUAAAGGAUGUGGGCGGCCCCGGCAUAUAUUCCUGGACUUUCUGCACAGUCGGGAUGAUUCUGCUCUUCUGCGCCGCCUUCCUCCCCCCUUGGGGGCCUCUGGCAUGGUUGAAAGCCCUCAACCUGUUCGUCUUCAGGUCCCUGUGGAUGGUCCGCUUCGUCUUCACCGUUGCGGCGGCUGCGCACGUGGGUGAAGCCGUCUACGCCUGGCGCCUGUCCAAGAGAGUGGACCCGGAGAACUCCGCGGCCUGGUUCUGGCAGACCUUCGCGCUGGGGUUCUUCUCCUUGAGGUUCCUGCUGAAAAAGGCCCGGCAGGCCAGGUGCGUUCCUCUGAUUCCCGCUAGUGCCCAGGCAAAUCGAUGA